CCAAAGCCGUUGGCUUUUCGACACUCCACGACACUCUACUGCUCCUCCUCCUCCUCCAAAAGAAAAAAACCCUCAAAACUCACUUCACUCCCAAAGCUGUUAUCUCACUUGCAUUCCAGUUCUUCAUACGACACCAACACCGCAAACGACGACGUUUCCAAGCUCUGCGACGCCAUGAACAUCUUCAAGAAGAAAACUUCCCCCAAAGAGGCUCUUCGGACCAGCAAGAGAGAAAUGGGUGUUGCCACCAGAGGUAUUGAACGUGAGAUUGCAUCACUUCAGCUCGAGGAGAAAAAAUUGGUGGCAGAGAUCAAGAAAACAGCUAAAACUGGAAACGAGGCUGCCACCAAAAUAUUAGCUCGUCAACUUGUUCGGCUACGUCAACAAAUAACUAACUUGCAGGGGAGUCGUGCCCAAAUAAGAGGUGUGACAACUCAUACGCAGGCAUUAUAUGCCAGCACAUCAAUUUCUACAGGGAUGAAAGGUGCAACUAAAGCAAUGGUUGCAAUGAACAAGCAAAUGGCACCGACAAAACAAGUUAAAGUGAUAAGAGAAUUCCAGAAGCAGUCUGCACAAUUGGACAUGACGAUUGAAAUGAUGUCAGACGCUAUUGACGAGACCUUAGACAAAGAUGAGGCAGAAGAGGAAACAGAUGAGCUAACUAACCAGGUGCUAGAUGAGAUUGGCGUUGACAUUGCAUCUCAGUUAUCUUCAGCUCCAAAAGGCAGGAUUGCAUCCAGAAACGCUGAAAAUGCGCCAUCCAAGAAUGCCGCAAACACCGUUACCAGCUCUGAAUCGCCAGAUGUAGAGGAACUGGAGAAAAGGUUGGCCUCUCUCCGACGUAUAUAAAUCCAAGAAUCAUAGAUACCCGUGGUCAUGGCGGUUAUAACUUAAUAUAGUUAUAUUUCUUGUACAUUUUGUUAUAUCAUAAAGAGUAGAGACAAUUAUAAAAUGGUGCAAAUUGUGUGAUCCAGGAUUCUUUGUACUUCUUUUCCGCUCGUCCGAGUCAAAAAGAAAGAAAGAUAUCAGUUACUAUUACUCGAAAACUUUUUAAAAUCUCUUGCUGUUUCUUUACCCCCCUUACCUGGUAUUUUACUAAUACCAUAACUGAACUUGCUACCGAACGUAUCUCGCUGUUGGUGGCCAUGUAAACAAACCCGUGCACGAUGUAUUACCAAUGGCCAUCCAUCGGUUUCUGGGAUGGGGGUUACAUUUUAC